UAAAUCCACUGCACUUAACUAAAUUAAACCAUUAAAAGAAUUGAAGUAGCCCUAUGAAAAUGGCGAGUAUCCAAAAGCAUUUGAAUGUAAUUUCAUUGGUAUCUUUGUUCUUAUGCUUUACUCUCCCUCUCAAGUUAGCUCUUCAAGUUGGUUUCUACGCUAAAUCUUGUCCGAAUGCUGAAAAUAUCAUUCGACAAGUUGUUCAACAACGGUUCAAGAUUGAUAGAUCUGUCCCUGCGGCCUUGCUACGCAUGCAUUUUCAUGAUUGCUUUGUUAGGGGUUGCGAUGCAUCAAUAUUAAUUGACUCAACGACCAAAAACCAAGCAGAAAAAGAUGCGGGUGCAAAUGGGUCUGUAAGAGAGUAUACACUCAUUGACCAAAUCAAGACCGCUCUAGAAAGAGCAUGUCCGCAAAAAGUAUCUUGUGCAGAUAUCAUAGCCCUCGCUACUAGAGACGCAGUUGCCCUAGCUGGUGGGCCUAAAUACAACGUACCAACAGGGAGGCGUGACGGGCUUAUUUCUAGGGCCAGUGAAGUAAACCUUCCUGGGUCAAGUUUCACUGUUUCUCAGGCCCAACAGUCAUUUAGUGCUCGUGGGCUGGGCCUUAAUGAGAUGGUUAUCUUAUUGGGCGGUGGUCAUACUAUUGGAGUAGCCCAUUGCAAUUUCUUCCAAAACCGGUUAACCAACUUCCAAGGAACUGGAGCUCCGGACCGUACUAUGGAUCAGGCUUUGGUGAGCAAGCUUAAGGGACUUUGUGGGUCAAACCCAAACGCGAAUCCAAGUACUUUCCUUGACCAAAACACGUCGUUUGUGUUUGAUAACGAAUACUACAACCAGAUUAGAAAAAACAAAGGGAUAUUAAAAAUUGACCAAAACCUAGCACUUGACCCGUUAAGUGCUAAAAUGGUAUCAAACCUUGCUGCCAAUAACAACAAUUUUGGACAAAGCUUCGUAAAAGCUAUUAUAAAAAUGGGUAGCAUCCAGCAAGGAAAUGCAGGGGAAAUUAGGGAUAAUUGUAGGACAAUUAAUUAUUAAACUUUUAUUGAAUUGUUUGUUGCCCCAAAUUUCAAUCAAAAUGUUGUAAUUAUGGACAAACUUUUACUUUUUUUUUUUUUUUUUUUUUUGACGGGAUUCAAUUUAUGCACUUACUUGGAGUACUUGAUAAAAAAAAAAAUUACUACUUCGUACUACGUAUAUAUGUAAGAAAAAGAGUUUGUGAUGAGAUGGCUUUAUUUUAACUUUUGCAUACAAUUAUAGAUUAAGAAUACGAUCGUAGUGGCCAAAUUUUAAUAAAUUAUUAAACUUGGUUGAAGGAAAAUAAUGCAUUUCGAAUAUUAUCAUCCAAGUUCAAGGAAACCUCACAAAGUCAAAAAGCUUAUAAUUGUCGUUUAACUUCUAUAGACAAAGGCAUAAUUAAAAUGCGUUAGAUAAAUUGUUUACUACCAAACAAUGAUUUGAUUUGAUGCUGAUUGCCACAAACUCUUAAUAUUAAUAUUUUAAAAAUAUUGAUUUUUUAUAUAUAUAAUUUUAUUUA